CUUCGACCGUCCAAUAUCUGUCGACCGGGCAGUGCCCUCCGAUCCGUAUCAACCAGUAACAGCUCUGCUGCACAGUCGCCCGCAUCUUCCGAUCUGAGCAACUCACUCUCGCGCAUCACCGCCUCAUCUCUGGUAGGGACAAUUUCCCCCCCCCCUCUGUACCCACCAUUGACCCAGUUGUUGCAUUCGUGUUUUUUUGCCGACUUGGCUUGCACAGGACAAACUUCAAAAGGCGUGCGUGCGUGCAUAGAUUUAGGCAAGAUUCCGGUUGGGACAGGCUCUCACUAAUGACAGGCGAGGGGCAAGUGCGUCAGAAACCUUGACGUGGUCGAUUGGAGCAUGCGCUACAGGAAAAUAUGAAGACAAACAAUCUAAAUUUGCAAUUCCAGUGAAAUGUUGAUAAGGCUUGUCCGAAACACUCAAACAUGUCCACAUCAAUUACAAGCUCAUUGUUGCAGGAUCUCGUUACGCGGAUAGUCUUUCUCUUCUCACUUACCUCCUCCUUUACCCCCUGCACACAUCCGUAUAGGCGUUUCCAGAUGCAUGCAGCAGGCAAGAUCACGCGAGGCGGUGUAGUCUUCAGUUGUAUCACGGGAAAUUGGACUUCUUCGAGCGGCCUAAAGGUUGAGAAGCCCAUAUAAAUGAGGAAACACACAAGAUGGUUAGAAGUCAACAGCAUGUCAGACCACUGGCUUUGCCCUUCUUUAGGUGCGCGCUCCGUUCUACUAAUUUAAGGGUACUUUUUCUGUGCUUUCGUAAGUUAAAUGGGGGAGUGAGCUUUUCAAUACCAGCGUGUGCGGUUAUUUACGACUUGUGUAGUUAAUGGCUGUUACUGACUGCUAGGGGUUUCUACCACCGGCGCAAUGAAUUUCGGCCAGUGGCUUGCUUCUGACCUUACUUAAGAGGUAAUCGCGCUGCAUACCUGGCCUUUUUGCCGUCAGCUGGCGCAGGCAACUGUUUUUCACAUGACCGGAAACUGCUAUACAGUGAUUGCUUGAACUGACUUCCAGCCCGCUCGAACAGUAAAACGUACGCGCUGCUUCAUUUAUUGGCUUAGGGCGUUACAGGCUGCCUCCUAUAUAAAGUACAUCUGCGUUUAUGUAGCUCCCAUUUCCUCCAUAAUGUUCGCUCGGAGAUUAAUCCUACCCGACCAAAACUUGCCAUGGCGACUUUGACAUACAAAGUGGAUAUCCAGGGUGCUCUCACAGACUUCUUCAGGCGGAAGAGUUUGGGUGCGUCUGAAGACGCAUUUCGGGCCUGUUGGCCUCUUCACAUGCAGCAUGCAUUUCAGUGGAAAAUUCUGCGGAUAUUCAUGCGUUUAGCUAAGUAUGCACGCACUUUUUCUCCGGUUGACCAGGCAGCCUAUGUGUGCUUGGAGCCGCUACUUUCGGAAAGCGCGACACCCAAAAAGCUCGCACGCAACUGUCCCCCGCACUCACAGAACUGUUUUACUCCUCUGCUGUUGUGCCCACGAUGAACAAACCAAACGACUUAGUUAUCUUCAUUACCCACAACACCUUACCUUGACCUCAUCAGGGCGAUAUUGCCGGCGUAGUCGGUCUUCCAGUUUUUGCUGUUUUGCGGUUGGAGAACAUAAUCUCGAAAAGGCAGUCCGGGGUUGCCGUUUGUACUUGGCCUAUAUAGAAAAAAUUCCAAGAAGUUUUAUGAGGCGUCUAAUCAUCGACGCUGGUUCCUCUAUGCCUAUCGUCUGUCUUCGUUUAGUCCUUUCUUGUCCCCUAGCACUAUUUGAUUCAACUCUCUCUUCGCUUUUGUCACUUCAGCUCCUUGUAUUGUGUUAAACCUUGGGUAUUGAUUGAGUUCAGAGCUUGGAUCACAAUGCUUCAAACCAGACUCUUAGCUUUUGCAGACUAUUAUGUCGGUCUUUGGUAGCGGUACCAGUGCUGACGACAGUGGUGAAGCUCACGGAUGUCGUCCCACCCUAAUCGCCUGUGGGGCGUUCCGGUAUCAUUUAUAGUUAUACGGACAAUUUCAGUCAUCCGACCUACCAGAUUGCGAGGGCGUGUGUGUGUGCCUAUGUGCAUUGUCAACCCCAGCAAGUUCGCUCUGGCGCGCUCGCUCAGUCACAAGGUCGACAAUUGUUCCACCUUCCCCUCUUCCUCCUGUUUCGGCUUCUUUUCGCCAUACGUUUACGCGCAUCUGUUCACAGCGCAUGGUGCACACAUCCGCAGACAAACGCCUACAUGCACACAGCAGGCAGAUUCACACGCGAGUGAUGUUCACGGACAGGCUUGUAACUCCAACAAAGCCACAGCUGACUACGCCUCUCUUAUCCCAAUUUUUGUCUAGUUUCCCUGCCUGCCUGCACACACGCGUGCCUCUCGUGAACCUUAUUGAUUGUCCUGUCGCAACACGCUCUUGCACGCAGCUACCGUCGUUUGCGCCCAGCUGCCACCGCUAAUGACGGCGCCUUCUUCUUUUUUUUUUAUCCCUAUAUCACUUCCAUUUAGUCCUUAAGCGGAGCCAGCGAGAGUGGUAGCUCCACACCAGUCUCCAGCGUCGCCUCGGUGCCGCAGCCGAAGGCCUGUGGCUCCCUGUUGAGACAGCCUCACUCUCGAAGCGCCCUGCGCACGCCCGGCAGUCUGUUGAAAUCCAGCCCUCUGCAGCGCGCCAACUCCGCCUCGGCCAGCCGUUUGUCCAGCGGAGGAGGAUCGGCGCCGAAUAGUGGUCUGUUGCCACCGGCAGUGGCUUCGCCCGUGCUGAGCCGCCUGGGCCACGCCUCUUCCACUCAGUCCGUCGACACGGGGCUCUCGACACGACCUCGUCCUCCCACCGCGCCCUCUGCCCUGAGGGCUCCGACGCAGACCGCUAACAGCAAAAGCGGCCGGCUUCACCCCCCCGCCACCGCGUUACCACUGGCCAAGCGCACGCCGGCGAACCCAACGGUUGUAGCAGCUCAGAAGGUCACGACAGGUCUGAGGCCGCCGGCCAAGAAGUCGGCCCCACCAGCCGAUGGAAGACCAGGUGCUGCUGCUCCCCUCUCCUCGAGAUCCACAGCACCGACUACCGUUGGUAGCAAACUCCCUGCGGGCUCCAAUCGCCCCGUGGCCAUUCGACCCGGUGCAAAGGUUGCACAGUCCCCGGAGGGUGCAGCGGCGGAUGUGGGCCGUCAGGAAGUUGGAGAGGCAACCGAGCACAACGAACACAAAGUUGUACGCGGCGGUCGCAAGUCACUGUUAGGUGAGCAGCAGUCUUUCGAUGGUAUUAUGGUAUGAGUCUUGUUCACUUAAAAAAACUCCGUCGAUCGACUAUUUGUGUACUGAAGCCUUAGAAAUCGCCAAAGCGAAUACCAAACGUUCAUUAAAUUUAAUGGCAUACCUAACUCACAUAGGCCAUCUGAGAAUCUCUUGGCUAUGUGUCCGUUACCACCCUUUUGCGUCAGUUCGACUCAUUUAUACUCUGUUUUUUAUCCUUUUUUCAUUGCCAUCUUUUGUAAAACUGCCUGACGUUUUGCUUAACUUGUGUCUGGCCUACAUUCUAGUUCCAGGCUAGUCGAUUUGAGUGCACUUACUCUAAUCCGCCGCACUUUCCCCAUGAUUCCGUUAUCUCGGUUGUCCGUUUGAAUCCAAGUGCUUCAACGCGCCCUGUCCACCUUAGUCUUUUUUCCCUGAUACCGAAAUUUCCUGUCACUCAGUGACGGUUAUAUUUUAGAAUUGUACUUUUAUCCGCGACUUGCUGACCACCGAACUGGAGUAAGUUUUGUGUUCACCAGGCCGUCCAACCAACGAACUACUGCAACCUCUCCAGACGAAUGGCUUGUUUUAGUCUUUGGUGGAGGUAGACACGGCCCUUUUCAAGGGACUGUCGGUUUCUCCGAACCCUGUUACUGACAAGCUUAGGAUUUUCUGUUCUUUCAAAUCGCUCACUACAUGAACACGUAGUUUGCCCUCCAUUUAAAGCCAACCUCAGCGCACGGAGUAGGACUUGGUUGUAAUCCCUCAAUCACUCGCAUUUUAUGAUCGAGCGGCAGUCUGUUUCGGCUUUAGCGCUUUUGAGCACACCGAUUCUGUCCUUCCGCACUGCCCAUUAGACACUGUUUUGCCGUACAUACGAUUGGGGAGAAACCAAGUUCCCCCACCGCAUAUGGUGGCCUGUUAAUCGACGCUCUUCCGGAGGGGUAAGAAAAUUGAACUGUUUUCCCUUAUUACUGAACGUACGAGGGAAUAUAGCCAGCUGGGGUGGGGUGUGGGUGUCGCCUUAGCUGUCAGAUAUAACUUGACCGUCGGAUCGCACGGUUGACCAAGCACACACGAACGUGUCUCCUCGAAGUGACGAUUAGUAGCACUCAUUGUGUCCACUACCUAAGAGAGGUAGUAAGAUAUUGUAAUCCUAAGUGGUUAUGCUUAUUGAAAUUGAAAAAAACUAAAGACGGAUGAAGAUGGUCCGCGAACAAAAAGAGUGCGAUGAGGACAUUGCGCGUUGUGAAGCCCCGAUAUGUAGGCAGACUUGGGUUAAAGGCCUGGACGCGUAAUUGUCAGGUGCAUGCAAAACCUGCUGGUUUUCAUUAUUAUUCUUGCGGAAGACCUCGAGAGUAGACAGUCAUGGUAAUUUCCUUCAGGACGGUGAGUUAUGAGUCAUCAGUCUGUAGACAACAUGCGCACACCUGGCUGCGGCCCAAGAGAGUGUGUGCACGCGGACCGGGAGCUGCCUCGCCUUCCUCUCAGGUCUCCAUCGUUAGAGUCGCUUAUUUCUUCAGAUUGAUCCGUUCUGGAUAUACCAUGGGGCAGACGCCCAGUCCUCGUUACGAACGCAGUAUGACUUUCAUGAUCGUUUCGCAAGUGUAGAGAUCAGCGACAGGCCCCAUAUUUCAGCUUUGCGACGGCGGCUCUUCUUACUGGACAGAAAACUCAUUUUCGGCUCCCCUGUCCUUUGGAUUGUCCAACACUGCGUAGUUGUCAGAACUGAGGGUAUGCUGACUUUAUGCGUAGCUUCCGUUGAAGGUCGCGCUAUUAUCUUACUCCUGUGGGCGCUCCUGGGACCGCGCAGUCAGGUUAAGGGCAGGUUAUAUUUUCUCGGACUCCUGUCGCACUGGCCGCUAAUAGUACACUUCGAGCAAACUUUGGGCGGAAUUUGUGGGUUAGUUAGGUGAACGCUGAUAUUAAGCACUUAUAUGAGCCCGUAGUCUCAUAAUUUUUGGGUAUGGCAUACCAACUGGCUAAACUUUGACUUUUUGAGCCCACGCAAGUGUUCGAAUUGCAACAGGCAAUCGCAAAUCCGGAAGCAUUACGAACAAAGACAGCAAGGACUUAGAUCGCCGUUUUCAGCAUAUUCGCUGUCGUUUGCCAAACACGUUACUACUCAGGGCUUAAUACUGCAAAGAAAGUGGAUACUAUGAUAGCCACCUGCAGUCGCAAAUAUGGCCACAAAAUCUCAUUCACUUGCGUCCCGCGCUAAUGACGUGGCAUUUUCGACUCCUUAACUAUAAAGGUCAGAUAUGGUUAUGCAGCCGCACCUGAGGUAAACAAACCCCAACCAUCUGUAGUACGGAACCGGCCGUAAUAUGAGGUUUUUACAGGUGGGGCCGGUGAACGCACAUGCGACGAGAUUAAGUAGUUGUAUGCAAAAGAAAAGCAAUUGGGAAUGCGCGGUUGUACUUUGAGUGGUUGAUAAAUAGUUGCCCCAACCCCAACAGUAUUGCGUCCAUCAGGUGGGGCUAUAUAACCAUAUCUUACUAAUAUAAAUAAUCAGGUGUCAGUUUUUCACGCGUACUGCCGGUGGACUUGCUUUUUUACAAAACUCAAUGUUCAGGGCUCAGUAUACCCGACUUUCUUGAUAUAGGUCGCAAGCCAGGUACGACUGGUGCCAUCCCAGUUACCCCCACCAGUCUGGUUCGUCCUACAUCAGCUUCUCCCGCGCCAGCCAAGAGCCGUUCUGCAGCUCUUCCCCGUCCCCAGUCUUCGCUAAUCAAACCGGCCACUGUUCCAUCAACAGCACAUCGUUCGAACGGGAUCACCUCUGCUGUAACCGCGACUUCGGCGAGUCAUCGAGAGCCAGAGGCCCCUCACGCGCCUGUUUGCGAGUCCUCUUCCAACUCUUUAAAAUUUUCAGGUCUGAAACCUCCCACAGCAGGCUCACAGUUGCCAAAACCUCCUCUGAGGGCGCCUACCACGGGUGUCUCGGCGGCCGCCGCUUCUCAAACCAGAGCUAGCCUGUCGGGUGUUCGGCCCUCAAACUCGGAGCAUGUGAAGAGCGGCCUUCCACGAAUCCAUCCCCCGAGCAUCGCAGCCACCGCUGCUGGGGCUGAUAAUGUCGGCACCUCCGCUCGCGUUGCCGCCCCUCCUGUGUCUAAGUUCGAUCAGUGGAUCGUGCGUAGAGAACUGACAAAUUAA